GAAUUUGAGGAAAUGCAUUCUAUCAAGUCAUCCAACAUGGACAUUCCAGGUGGGGAUCAUAUGGCGUUGACGUUGUUGGUCCCUGAGAAACCCGAACUUGAAGCUAGACGGGGUGAACUUGAAGUGGAGAUACCCAACCUUGCUGAAUUCCAGAGGAAGGAGAUAGUGUUGAGAGUGAUGGCUGAGAAAGAGAGAGAUGAUAGGGUGGUAGAGAUCGAGGAGCUGAAGAGUGAGGUACCGGCCUUAAGGACGAAGCUGGAAGAGAAUGCAAAGGCUAUGGAAGCGCGUCAAGAAGAGGUAGACGGACUCAAAGUGGUGAUCCAGGAGAAGGAGGAGCAGCUGAAAAUUGCUGCUGAAGAGCUGGAGGUUGUUCAGGACGUGAUGAUCAAGGAGGUGGAGCAGCAGCUGAAAAUUGCUGAUGAAGAGCGGGAGGUUCUGAAGGACGAGAUGGCCAAGCAGAGAAAGGACAUGCAAAUUGUUGUAAGGGAGGCAAUGAUGAUGCUUGAAGAGGAGCGGAAAGCAAGGCAUGCUGCAGAAAUUCGUCGGGAUGAGCUAUCAUUAGAGCUAUCAUCUCUGCAAAAGGACAUGGAAGUGGCUCAGAACACAAUAAGAAUGUUGACUGAUCGGCCGCUCGGUAUGGAUGGACGAACUUCUCUAAUACUGCAGGACAGAAGGGAUCGUUGCUUUUCCUGUGGAAUGCCAAUGCAUUCUCAGCGAAAUGAGUUAAGGGAGGCAAAGGCAGAGGCAAGAGAAGCAAAAACGAGGGAGAGAGAUUUAAGAGGUGAACCGCAAAAAACUCUGCAGCUGUUAGGGGUAAAAGAGAAGGAAAUCGAGCAAAUGCAGGGCCGUGCGAAGGAUUCCGAGGGGGACCUCUGUGGGGCCAGAAGGGAGAAGAAAGAGGUGGAGAAGCAGGCCAAGAAGUUGGCCCUCAUGGAGGAGCAGGCCGCCAAAAAGAAAAAGCUGGAGGAGGAAAUGGAAAGGCUGAAAAAGGAAGAGGAGGAGAAACUGAGAGCAGUGGAAGAAGAGGAAGAAGAAGAGGAAAAGGAAGUUCCCCUGGAGAGAAAAGGGAGGACUGCAGAGACAGGGGAAACAAGUGGCACGAAGAAAGACACAGACGCAGAGAUGGAGAAAAAGAUUACCUGGAUGGAGGAGCGCCAGGCUAGUAGGGCGCAAGAAGUACCGCUGAGGGCCAUGCGGUCAGGAUUUAGGGACUUUGCACGCGAGUUAGUCUCCCAUCUGGGGGAUGAAGUCAAAUCAUUAAAGGGCGAUAUGGGGAAGUACUGCCAGGGCGCCAUAGAAGGUGCCAAAGCUAAAGCUGCUGCAGAGGGAGAGACUAGACCCCGCAAGGAACCUGUUAAGCUGAAGUUCCCAGAUGCGUAUGGGGGGAAGAAGGAAGAGAUCUUUGACAACUGGGAAACCAGUGUCAACAGCUACGUUUAUCUGCAGCAUAUCCUGGCAGGGGAGCAGGUCCUUGUAGCAUUUCAGGCCCUCAAGGAUGAGGCAGCUAGUUUUGCCAGGUCUCUAGCACGUGCAGCCGGUUGUGAGAACAACCUGGUUGCCUAUUCUAAAGUCACCUCGCUCCCUCAAUUCUUCAAGCUGCUCAGAGAGAGGUUUGCGGACCCAACCGUCUCUCUAGGCACGUACCUCACAGGCGUGGUGGAAGAGUUGAGAGAAAGGAUGCCCGCCUGGGCCAAAAUGAAAAAGGAGAGUAAGGGACAACUAAUCCUGUUAGAUGUAGAGGUGUUUAGGACUAGAGUAGGGGCCCUCAUAGACUCGGGGGCGACCUGUAGUUACAUUAGCCGGAAAGCGCUGAAGAAGCUGAGGUUAGGACUAAAAGUCCAACAGUUAGCAGACCCCAUAGUCAGUAUUCUCGCAGACCACAACACUUUGCGAGUCGAGGAGUAUGUAGAGGGAGUCCAGGCAUAUGUCCGCCUAGAGAAAGAUGGAAAAGUGGAGAAAGUUCUCCAUUCCUUGACUCUCCUCGUGCAGGAUAACCUUCCGUUUGACAUGGUCCUAGGUAUGGACUGGGGAGAGGCAGCAGGGGCCACACUCCAUUUGAGAGAGCACAAGUGUAGGCUCCCUAGUUCGUCAGGCGAGGUUAAGACUGCCCGCGUGUUCCAUGUGUCUGGUGUAGACAACACCUUGGCAUAUUGCUGCCUCAGUGCUUCUGCGUUCGCGCGACUGGUGAAAAAGGAGCAGUUAGAGGACCAGGUCUUUGUAGUGUAUGUUAGACCUGCUACUGAGGCCAAGGAAGAGAUUGCUUCCACAGAUCGAACCAUUGCCAAGUUGCUAGAGGAGUUUAAGGACUUGACUGAGCCGCCGUCAGGAGUAGUGCAGCGACCCAUCCAGCAUGGGAUAGAGAUAGAACCUGGCAGUAGAACUCCUAAGGGAGCGGUUUACAAAAUGUCCCCUAGAGAGUUGGAGGAGCUACGCAAGCAGUUAGAUGAGCUCCUAGAGAAAGGUUGGAUCCGGCCCAGUUCGUCUCCUUUAAGAGCACCAGUUCCGUUUGUCCCCAAGAAGGAAGGAGAGCUCAUAAUGUGUAUAGACUACAGGGGUUUGAAUGCGAUUACGGUGAAGAAUGCUGAGCCGCUGCCCAGGAUAGAUGAUCUCUUAGAUAGGGUGCAAGGCUGCAGGUAUUUCUCCAAGAUAGAUUUGAAGUCCGGUUAUCAUCAGAUGGAAGUCCAUCCUGAUGACCAGUACAAAACUACGUUCCGGACAAGAUAUGGGCACUAUGAGUUUAUAGUGAUGCCCUUUGGGCUUACCAACGCGCCAGCCACUUUUCAGCGUUAUAUCGUCAACAAGCUGGUGAUGGUGAACCCGAUCGGCCUCGAGGAUUGGAAGGCUCUGGGUGUCCCCUACCGGUGCAUCGAUCUCAACUAUGCCUCCGAGGCUGCAAGCAGCCACGAAUCAAUCCGCGGCUAUCAACAAGCAACAUACUAUCUCGGCCAGUGGAUUCCUGCCUAUGACGUCUGGGUGAGAAUGCUCCUCAACAUCUACAAGGGAAGCAAGGCAGCCCAGUUCUAUAUGAACCAGGCGCUCGUUGUCGACAUGGUCCUGACCCAACCCGUCAUCUACGAGUUUGGUCUGCUGAAGCCACAAACUCUUCUGAUCAAUGGAGCAAAGGACACCACAGCCAUCGGCAAGCAGUGGUCGCCGCCUGAUGUCCAGGCCAAGCUUGGCCACUACGAUGUACUGGGCAAGCAGGUCAUGCAAAUGAUCCCAAACGGACAACUCAUCGAGUUUGCAGACAUGGGACAUGUACCACAGAUCCAAGACCCUACGAGGUUCCAUCAGGCACUCUUUGGAUGGCUUACCAACUGAUGGAUUGGCAUCGCUGUUGCAUCUGCUGGCUUUCAGAGUGGAUGACAUUGUACGUAACAUGGUAAUUUCUGCCACAUUGUGGAGCGGCCAAGGCAUUACUGCACAUUGGACGUUGACCUAGAGACCAUGCCUCCAGCACAGAGCAGCUAGCAACACAGCUUCCUCCAUGUAUUGCCAUUCGGGGAUUGGAUGAACCUGGACUUGUCUAGAGGGGAAUGAACAUUCCAUAUUAAU